UCGGACAAGAUGUCAACAUUACUUUCUGGGGUCCUUUUUAUGUUUUGAAAAAGCAGGAAAACACUAUUUCAGCGCAAUGCCAUCCAGAACAGUUCCAAAUGGUGAUAUUGGGUUGGCAGACUCCAUGCGACAUUUAGAUCAGAAACAAACAGUAACCGGCUUGACAGGAAUGUAUCUGUUGGUUGCAGGUGUUGUUGCUUUGGCCUGGGCGCUGGGUUACUUUGGCUUUUCUUCACUGUGGAUAUUUUUCUUGGUAUCCAGUUUGUUUGUAAUAUGGAAAAGUCAGACCUCCAAAAUUAUAAAGAAACAUCUGGAUUACGAAGAGGCAGCACUGCACAGAAAAAGGGCAUUAAGACAGAGUGAAACGGUGGAGUGGUUAAACUUUUUAUUGAAUAGAUGGUGGGUGUUCAGCUCAAGUACUAUAGAAGAUCUUGUCAAGAAGAGGCUAGAUGAAAGACUCGUUGACAUCAAACCUUCAUUUUUAGAAAGUUUACAUCUAAAGACAUUUGAUGUUGGUGCUCAAACCCCCAACAUUCGGAAUGUGCGUGUGUUUGAGUUUGCUGAAGGCGUUCCAGGGGGUCGCAAGCCGUGUUCAUGGUUCAGUGUGGGUCGGCCACCGGUGGGCCUCCACAACAUGUCCUCCUUCCAGAUUGUGGUCGAGAUCGAUGUCAGCAUGCUGUGUGAGGACUUCAAGAUGAUAUUCAGAGGACGAGUCGGAAGCAAAAGGGUGAAUGUUGGCUUUGAUAUGGUUGUGCAGGAUCUCUCUAUCUCUGGUACUCUCCAGGCCAUAGUACAGAUGUCCAUGGAUGUUCCAUUUCCACACAUACGCAAGGCCACCGUCUGUUUCACUGAAAAGCCCGAUGUGACGUUUAACAUUAGUCUGUUGCGUGCCAUUCAGAUGAUGGAGGUACCGCUUCUCAAGAGCUGGAUACACACCAACUUCAUGGACGGACUCACAAAAGCUUUGGUUGAUCCAUCGUCAGUAGACAUCAACUUCGCUAAGACCGGUCCGGUUCAGAUUGGCCGCGCAGAGAAGAAACACGGCCCAGCGCAGGGUGUGCUCACCAUUCAGCUGAAGGGAACACCAGUCAAGGAAGCAGCUCCCGAUGACAUUCGCUAUACAGUGUUACGAAUUGGUGAUCUGAAGCGGGAGACAUACGAAGUGCCUGCCACGGAGGAAUGGGAGGAUGUCUGUUCCUUCUUUAUCUACAGUUUAUCUCAUGAUAAGCUUCAGAUAAAACACAAGUGCAAGCGACUUCUGAUCAGCUCCGUUCUAGAGAAACAGGAGUUCAGUCUGGCAUCGUUUCCAUUCCAAGUCAGAGAAUUUGCGGAGAAGGAGAUUGAGAAAAAGGAUGGCUCCAAGUUGAUGCUGAAACUGCAGUACACCGCCCUGCCACCCAUCAACCUUGAUGACUACGAGGAGAAGGAGAAGAAACAUGAAGUCACAGAAAAGUCUGGUGUGAUAUAUGCUGUAAUCCACGGAGCAGCUAACGUGAUAAUAGCCGACAAGACAGGAGCUUCUGACCCCUACUGUGUACUAUUCUGUGACAGGAGGAGAGUUUUAACAACUCCAUAUGUCCCCAACACAAGAAACCCCAGAUGGGAAUCGUCAGUGGAGUUCUUUGUAGCAGACUUUUCGAAGACCUCACUGUCGUUCUUUGUGUUUGACUGGGAUGGAACGAACAUCAUUGAUGAUGAUUUCCUCGGUUCUGCUCACCUGACGCUCAAUGAGGAAGAAAGUUGUGUCAUAAAGAGAUCGCUGACACUUGGGUACAACAAACCUUCCGAGGGCUAUGUUAUUGACAAGGCAUGUGGGCAAAUCACAGUGUCGGUUGUGUUCAGACCGGUCCCCUCGGUAUCAAAGUCAGAGCGAUUUCGAACGUUUAGUGAGAGCAUGAACAAGAAAGACUACUUGUACACAGAAGACAUGGUAUCUCCCGCCUCAGUUGUACAGAGCAAGGCUUAUAUUCGCAUUGCCACGGAUCAAGAAGACCAGGCCACAAAGACGUCAAGUGUUUCUUAUAUUGAAGACUACCUACAGGGCAAAACCAUUCUAGAGCUGACCAUUUUACAAGGCAAGGAUCUUGUUCCCAUGGAUCGCAAUGGCUUCAGUGAUCCCUUUUGUGUUCUCAUGGUUGACGGGAAGAAAGUGUUCACAACAAAUAUCAAGAAGAAGACCUUGUUUCCAAAGUGGAAUGAAACUGUCACUUUGGAGUUGCCAGCCGAGGACACAGCAUUUGCCAUUGAAGUGUAUGACAAUGAUGUCAUUGGUAAAGACUUCAUGGGGAAAGUUGUUCUUACUGUGGAAAGACUCAAACAGCUUGUUAUUAAGGGGAAGGCAGAAUGGUUUACACUUGAGAGAACCAAGUCAGGAAAAAUACAACUGCGAUGCAAGGACAUGAAAGAUGAUGGUUCACCCGCUAACCGACCUGGCAGCAAUGAUGUCUUUGAUUCACCACCAGAGUCACCAAAAGUUGUUCCGAAAAUGGUGGUAGAUGAAUCGUUUCUGAACUCUGUUCAUUUGCCUGACAACGCGGUUCUGGCAUCGACCCCAAUAUCCCUCGAGAAACGCCAUUCCCUCGCCGUGGUCAACAACAUGUCAGGUCAGCUGCGUCGCUCGACCUCGGACGUCAGUGUCAACAAGAGAGGUAGACAGGGGCUGUCACCCCUCUACAGCUCCAUGUCCAGGAAGGAGAGUACCGGCGGACGAAGGACACAGAUAGGACUUAGGAAUUCGGAAUCGGUCAACUCUGUUGCUAUUGUACAGAAAUCGGACAACAUUUCACUAGACCACAUCGACCCUCCUGCUGUGGUUAGCUCCAUCGAUACAGAGAAAUUCUACAGUGUGGUUGGUAAAGUGAUACAGUCAAAAGGUCUGGAAAAAGUUGAUAGUGAUGUGUACUUCAAAGUACGUCUUGAUCAUCCUGGAAGUAGAAUGAGUCUGUUUUCCACAACAAGAGUGCUUGCGAAAUCAGCCAUGAUGAGACCUUCAGUUCCCUACAUUAAUCUAUCAUUCGAGAUUGAUCGUGGCCAUGGCGUGUCACCAGAUGCAAUGUUGAUUUUUGACGUGAAAAGAUCAAGCAAGGAACAUGUUACCACAAAAUCAUAUAGCCUCAAGUAUUUGUUGGAAGGUACGGAUGAAACAGGCAUCAUCAAGUGGGUGUCCCUGGACGGAGGGGUGGAGUUAGAAGUGUCACUCUCUACUGGAAAGCCCAAUGUUCACCGACAUCGCUCACCUCGUUUCCUUAAAUCAUUCUCAUUUCGCAGAAACAAAAUUGACUGAAUAACAGUUCCCGAAUCUGGAAUGAUGAAAUUGAUGGAGUAACAAUCCACGACAACUCUUGUAGAAGGGUGUAGAGCUCACAGGUCUGAAAGGCCAGACAUUGGUAUAGUUCUGAAAUCACGAUAAUUUCUGUCCCACAGGAUUAGGGCUUGGAUGGUUAGAAAUACAAAGACUGUUGUAUUGAAGUAUUUGUUAACUGCUUGUGUUCUCCCAGAAUAUGGGUCUGCUUGGAGCUGUGUAGGAUGCUUAUGAUGUACUGAUAGAAAGAUAGAUAACAGAAAGCAGAUUAUUUUUACAGUGAUUUACUUGUUUUCCUGAAUCAUGUUUAUAAGUACAGUGAAAUGUGGUUAUGUUAACCUCAGUACUCUGAAGGGUCCAGGGUAUUUCAAGGUCAAUAAAUUAUCCUAAGGCAGUAUUUUCAUCAACAGCUAUCUCAAAUCAUUACAUCUAUGCAACACUGUUUUACCUAUUAUUUUAUUGCAAAAAUAACUUUUAAGAAGAGAAUAAAGUACACUGGAUUCCUUCUUAAUAACAAAAUAUAUUCAACUUAAUUUAUUGAUUAGGGAUUUUUUCCUUGUUUCUCCAUUUAAUUUAAUUUUUAUAUUACAGUAUUUCAGAUAAUUAAAUGUGUAAUCAUGAAAAACAUAUCAGUAUAAAUAACAAAAUAAAGGUACAUAAUUAAUGUAUGGUACUUUGAUAUUUUAUUUUCUUGCCUCAGUAUUAGAAAUUUGUCUCUUUAUUAUAAGCUCAAUGUAUUACUAUUAGAUCAAUUGAUUGGUGCUAGUUAUUCUUUUAACUGUUACUUACAAAUAAAAAUAUCUUAUUUCUUUUUCCUUUAGGGAAUUGAUUUUUUAAAAAUUAUUUGUAUAAUCUAUAAUUAGAAAUGUGGUUUUUUCGGUUUAGGUAUUUUUAGUAAUUACACUAAUUAAAUAGUGCAGUACAAAAUAUGUAAUAAUUAUUAUAUCUAUUCUCACAUUACUUGAUAUAUAAAUAUUAAUUAACAAGCUUAUUUAUCAAAAUAAUUAUUUAUAUAAUAAAGUGCUAUAUGGAAUGAUACAUUUUUCACGGUUGACAUUUGGAAUAUACAUAAUCAAUGGGUUAGUGAUUUUCAGUAUAUGAUUUUACUGAUCAUAUACAAAUAUGGACAUGUUUGUACGUAUAUAUAUAUACAUAUAUAUAAUUGUUUUUAUUAAUAUAUUAAUAUUUUAUUCAUUUUUAUUUUAUCAAUAUUGUGAAAAGUUAAAAUUAGUUUUUAUUACACAUAAAGUUGUUGAAUAAUGUAUAGUUUGUGUUUAGAAAAUAUAGUUUUAUUAGGUUACAUUAUUUGUCCCCUACUGGUCAUACCAGAGGGGACAGUAGGAUUAUCUCCAUCCUUAUGUCUGUCUGUUACAGAUCAAGUUUGACUUCCAUGGCAAUUUAUGGAUUUUUUUCCCAGUGAUAUUCAAGAUAUUGAACUGAAAUUUUGUUCUGUUACAAAUCAAGUUUGACGUUCAUGCAAUUUUUCAUCUUUUUUUUUUUUACAAUUAUGGCCAUUGAAUAUGAGAUAUAUGAAAAUUUGUUUUCCCUUU